CUUAAGCUUCUGAAAGGAUCCAAUUCCAGCUUUCUGCAACGGCUGAUUAUCACCUAUCGUGUCUAUCUACCUGACGGAUAUCCCUCAACCAGGUUGCAAGGCUGCAAGAGACAGACAGGCCAGACCAGUAGACGCCAGGCCACAUUGGAUACCCAUCUGUUGUCAUUUGGUCCCUCUUUGUUGGCCCUCCCUUUGUCCAUCUCUCUCACACUCUCUUCAUCCAUCUCACUUCACCCUGUUUCGAAACCUUUUUCCAUCCCACGUCUCGUCUCUUCCUGCAGAACUCGGAGCUGCGACAAUUUGUCUUUCGCCCCGUUAUUGACCCCCGACUGCCGGCUCGCACGCUCGCACGCGUCGCCCUCGGCACCCACCCCAGCAGCUCUCCGCUCCCCCAAAAGCCAAAAGCGCAGGCCGAACGAAAAAAAAUAGCCACACCACGCAUCAACACCUCCCAUUAAUCGCAAUCUGACAAGUUCAUGCAAUGUCAGGCAACACCCUUAGAGGCACGCCCAAUCGCGGCCAGGCCCGUGGAGGCAUCCCCUUCACCCAGAGCCCCUCUGUCACAGGCUCUGCACCUCCCGCCGCCGUAUCCUCUGGCAUUCCGCGCCCUGUCCUAGAAACCCAGGCUACCCAGAGCGAAGUUGGCGGCGGCGGCGGUGGUGGAUCAGGAGUCAGUGCCAGUCGUCAGAAGCAGACCAAGAGAGAUGAGGCAAUUCGCAAGAAGAUGGAGAGCGAUCUCUCCAAGAAGAAGCACCUCACGAGCCGAGCCCGUCACUCCCGCAAGGCCCCUCCGGGCACCGUCCUCGCCCUCAAGCCCAGUCAAGCCCUGCAGAUCAAGCCCGCCACCACCGUCGCCGAGGCCGCUCAGCUCAUGGCCGCCAAGCGUGAGGACUGCGUCCUCGUUACCGACGACGACGACCGCAUCGCCGGUAUCUUCACCGCCAAGGAUCUCGCCUUCCGUGUCGUCGGCGCCGGCCAGAAGCCCAACCACAUCACCAUUGCCGAGAUCAUGACCAAGAACCCCCUCUGCGCCCGCACCGAUACCAGCGCCACCGACGCCCUCGAUCUCAUGGUCCGCAAGGGUUUCCGUCACUUGCCCGUCAUGGACGAGAACCAAGACAUCUCGGGUAUUCUCGAUAUUACAAAGUGUUUCUACGAUGCUAUGGAGAAGCUGGAGCGUGCCUACUCGUCCUCGAGACGUCUGUACGAUGCCCUCGAGGGCGUGCAGUCCGAGCUCGGCACGAGCCAGCCGCAACAGAUUAUCCAGUACGUCGAGGCUCUGCGUUCCAAGAUGUCGGGCCCGACUCUCGAGUCGGUCCUCGACGGACGACCCCCAACGACGGUCAGCGUAAGAACCUCGGUCAAAGAGGCCGCGCAGAUGAUGAAGGAGAACCGAACCACGGCCGUCCUGGUGCAAGACCAGGGUGCCAUUACUGGUAUCUUUACCAGCAAGGACGUCGUCCUCCGUGUCAUUGCCCCUGGUCUCGACCCCGCGACCUGCAGCGUUGUCCGCGUCAUGACGCCUCACCCGGACUUUGCUCCCAUGGAAAUGAGCAUCCAGGCUGCCCUCCGCAAGAUGCAUGAUGGCCACUACCUCAACCUCCCCGUCAUGAACGAGGGCGGCGAAAUCGUCGGCAUGGUCGACGUUCUCAAGCUCACCUACGCUACCCUCGAGCAAAUCAACACCAUGUCUACCUCGGACAGUGAAGGACCCGCGUGGAACAAGUUCUGGCUCUCGCUCGACGACGGCACCGAAUCCAUGAUGUCCGGCGAGGGCAGCCACACCCACCACACAAAUCUGGGCUCGCGCAUCAUGUCUCCCGACAUCACCCGGGAGCGCAUCGGCGAUAGCGUGGCUCCCGGUGACUCUGCCUCCCACGUUGGCUUGGAGUCACCACCUCGUUCCGCCGUCACCGGCAACAGCCCAGCUCAGCAGUCUCCUGCCGAGCUGCCCUUCCCCUUCAAGUUCAAGGCCCCGUCCGGCCGUGUUCACCGCCUGCAGGUCAUUGCAUCCCAGGGUAUCUCAGCGAUGGUGGCCAACGUUGUUGCCAAGCUGGGAAGCGAAGUCGAGUCCAUUGGCGGUGCUCCCGUGGCCGAAGAAGGCAAGAUCUCGGGCGGUUUCGCGCUCAGCUACCUCGACGAUGAGGGUGAUUCUGUCUCCAUCACGACGGACAACGAUCUGCUCGAGUCCAUUCUCCUCGCCCGCCAGAGCCGCCAUGAAAAGGUCGACCUGUUCGUUCACGACCCCGAGAAGCCCCCCGUUUCCGCCGCACCCCCCACCAUUGAGACCAUUGCGCUCCCCACCCCUCCCAUCUCUGCCACGCCCGACCUUCGCCGGAGAAGAGCAUACGACGACGAGGACGACGAGGCGGAGGAUGAGGACGAGGAUGGGUCUACCAUCCGGAGGUCGCGUCGCUCGAAACACCACGCACCCGCGGAGAAGGAGGUCAUUGCUGGUGUUCCCAACGAGCUGCUGCUCCCUGGUGCCAUUGUGACGCUGGCGGUUGUCAUUGUCGGUGUUUUCACGAUCUCGCGCCUGACCAGUAGUAGGUAAGGGAUGCGCUAUAGAGAGAGAGAAAGCUAGAGACAGGAAAGAGGAGGAUCUCAAUCACGACUUUACGAGAGUCCUUGGCGAAGCAUUGUAAAUAUGUAUCGAGUAUUAUUGUCUUUACUAGACUUGAGUACCCCGACGUUAAAUUAAUACACCGCAC